CGCCAUCAGUGCUUAACUUAACACGGUCAACAAUCCAUAGAUAGGCAUUAUUGAUGGAAAGCUAUAAGCUUAUGCAACGAGCUCGUCGCACUAAAAAAUAACAAGAAAAUAAAACACCGCGUGUUUUGACCAAUCUAAUCAAAGAAAAGACAUCUCAAGAAAUUCUGGCUUAUGUUGAAUGCUGAGGAAUGUGUUUGCUUAACCGAUUUUGAAAGUUUGCUUAAAAUUAAGAGAAUUAUUUACUUGUUGCACAAAAAAUUCAAUUUUCAAGAUGAAUCAGGAUGCACUCACAAUAGAGUUAAUAGAAGUGGAGAUUCUCACAGAAUUAGAGAAAAAUGGAGAUCAUAGGAAUUUUAAUAAAUUAUCCUGCAUCCCAUGCUCGGUGACGUUUGGUAAUUAUCCGAGAGUAACCCAACAUAUCAAGAGUGAAGAGCAUUGUAUUGCGUCACUGGCCACAGGUAUUUCUUUCAAUGGACAAGCCGAAACCACUGAAAAUUUCAGCGAUUCAUUUCCCGAACUCUAUUUUUGCCUUUUGUGUAGCUACCGGUGCUUCAACUUCAAUGCAUAUAAUACUCACUUAGAAGGAUCUUUUCAUAAAUAUUUUGUGAAGUUAUUGAGAGACAUGUGCAGACAAAAAAGAGAAGGUCAUUCAUAUAAUUGUUUAAAAAUGCAUUUUUCUAAAAAUAUAUUUCAUACGUUCUGUUGUGAAUUAUCUAGAGCCCUCUGUAGAUGUUCAUUUUGUUUCAACAAAGGUUAUAAGAAAGUUGAAUUGUUUGUUAGCAAAAUUAUCAAGGUUGGACAGAUAGAGAAUGUCGGUGAUUCGUAUGCCUUUGUGACUUUUGAUGAUUCAUCAAAUUUAAUAUCUUGUUUAUUAUGUAACUUGCUUUUUGAUUCUAUGACAUUACAUAAACAGCAUUUGGAAAAUCCAACUCAUAAGAGAAUGCAAAAAUUUAUGUUUAAAAUAUCCCAUUUAGUAAAUGGUAUAAAUAUUAAAAGACUUAGGGCUCUGAAAAAAGCCAAAUGUACCUUCAGUAAUUCAUUUCGCCCUGCAUACUAUUGUGAAUUAUGUAAUUGUUGGUGUACUGAUAAAAAGGAGCACAUAAUUGGAGAGAGCCAUAAAAGAAUAAAAGAGUUAAAAAUAUAUCUUUCAACGAAACAGGGAAGUGAUUUAGAAAGUAAUGCUCCAAGUUUAGCAGCUACUCCUCAUUUUGUGCUUCCAAAAUUUUAUUGCAGACUUUGUGCUGUUUGGCGCCCACCUGAUAAUAUGUAUGCAUUACAUUUAAAAGACAGCAGGCAUCAGAGAAUUGAAUGUUUUGUUAAUAAUUUGGUAGACGUUGAAAAAAAUGUUAUUAAUGCCUAUAUUGAUACCCAGGCUCGCGAAAAGAUUAAUACAUCAUACCAUUGUAAAUUGUGUCAUUUUUAUUAUCAAGAGCUUGAAAGUUACGAACAGCACUUGAAGAGUGAGGUGCAUAAAUCGUCAGUGAUGUCUUUUUUAAAUAAAGACAAAAACUGUCAAUGAGUAGUGUUGUGGUGAACAAGGUCCAAGAAAAACUUCUCAGAAUCAUGAAAUGUAUAGAUUUCAGUUUAAUAGUUUUGUAAAGUAUUGGAAUUACCAAUCAAUGGUUGAAAAGACUAAAAUAAGCCAAAUAUUUCACUAGAAUAAUGUUGACAAUAUUUUUAUACCUUCUUUUUUCAAUAAGUAUUCUUUUCAUCAGCCAUAUUAUCGUGAAUUGUGCAAUAACUUAUGUAAUCAAAAUGAGUCUUAUAAAAAAUUACAAGUUGAACAAAAAAAAAAAUAUAUAAGCAACUUAAUUUGUUUAGUAACCAAGUUAUAACUUUUUUUUAAAAAGUUACAUUAUUGUGAAGAGUACAAUUAUUUGGGUUUUGAUUCUCAAAAUUAUUAACACCAGUGUUUUUACUGAUAUUCACAAUUUAUUAUAUAAGCAAAGAACAUCAAAGCAAUAUGCUAAAAAGAGAAGCAUGUCACAUCCUUUAAAAUAAAACUGUGAAUUGUGUGAUUUUUUAAUCCUAGUUUUAGACAUUACAACCAGUACUUGCAAACUGAAAUGCAUUAAACGUUCGUUAUAUCGUUUGAUACCUUAGAAUUUAGCCCCUCAGAAACUUAAUGAUUCAUUACUAAUUUUAUUUAAAUAUGAAUCCUGCAAAUUUUAAAUUAAAUGGUUAUUCAUCAAU